AUGUCUAGCCCCCUCGAACCCGGUCCCACAAACGGGUAUCGGUCGCCGCAGGGCGGUUCUCCCUCUCCCAUAGUCGCCAGCGGUCACCAAAGCGAUAGCGACCUGUCCGAUAUGCACGAUAAUGCCGCAGUCCCUGUUUCAUCGUCGCCGUCGCCGGAUCCCAACGACUCGGCCGCUUAUGGCAAUGGAGCACCCGACUUCCCCGAAAGCGAGAGUUCUGGUGAUGAUAACAAUGCUUCCGAUGAUGCCGACUUUGAUAUGGACGAUGACGUGGCAUCUGUCGCCCAAAGCGACGGAGCGGCCGACGCCCAUUCCAGUUCCAACGAAUCUCAGCGUCCGUCCAAGCGAAAGGCUGCGGUCAGAGAGGAUGACUACAUCAAGGCUAACCCAGAGCUGUACGGACUGAGAAGAAGUUCCCGUCCAACACAACAACGCAAAAUGGUUGACUCCUCAGACGACUCGGACGAUUCAGAUGUUCCUACAAAUCGGAGAAUAGUGAAAAGGAGACGCGUCGAAACCUCAAGGCAAUCAUCGAAAAGAGGCACACCUGCGCGACAGCCGUCGAUUGAUUCCGAUUCCGACUCUGAUAACUACGGCGGUGCGCGCGCGAAAAGCUUACAAAAGAAGGCACGCCGCCAGCGGGAAGCGCAGCCAAAUGUUGCUCUCACCGAGAAGCGCUGGUCCAGCAGGCGCGCAGCCCAAGUCCAGCAAGGCGCCUAUGAGGAGAGCGAUGUCGAUGACGAAGAGGACGGUUCCGAGCUCACACCCAAUUACUACGCCGCAGACGUAGUUGACGAUUCACCCUACAUCGAGAAAGUACUGAAACACAAGCUGAGAGACGAUGAAGACCUCGAACUCAGCCUCCUGUCCCGCAAAGACGACUUUCAAUACUACAUCAAGUGGCAAGGCAAGUCGCACUUGCACGACACAUGGGAGACAAUCGACACAAUGCGUGGGGUACGAGGACAUCGCAGAGUCGACAACUACCACAACAGGGUCGUGGAAAACGAGCUCUACAUCCGAUUCGGCGAGGAUGUUGCACCAGAACUCAAGGAGCAGUUUUUCCUCGAGCGCGAACGGUCCGAAGAAGCAUUGGAAGACUUCACCAAAGUUGACAGAGUCGUUGCAGUUCGAGACGGCGAAGAAGAGGACGAGUACCUCGUCAAGUGGAAGGGCUGCUACUACGACGAGUGUACAUGGGAAGCUGCGUCUGCAAUCAGCACCGAGUUUCAGGACAAGAUUGACCAGUUUCUGGACCGCUCCUCUCGCUCCUGGGUGUCUGAUCGCAAAGAAUCGAACCCGGACACUCGUUCAAGAAUGAAGAAGCUGGAGGCACAACCGGAAUACAUCAAGGGAGGCGAACUUCGUUCGUUCCAAUUGAGAGGAUUGAACUUCCUCUGUCUCAAUUGGACUCGCGCCAACAACGUCAUUCUCGCCGACGAAAUGGGCCUCGGAAAGACAGUUCAGAGUGUUUCGUUCCUCAGCUGGCUUCGCAACGAACGAGAGCAAGAAGGCCCGUUCCUCAUUGUCGCUCCUCUCAGUGUCAUUCCCGCAUGGGGGGAUACCUUCGACAACUGGUCCCCUGACAUGAACUAUGUUGUAUACCUCGGAAACGAGACAGCUCGCACUACCAUUCGUGAUAACGAACUGAUGGUCAACGGCAACCCGAAGAAGCCCAAGUUCAACGCUCUCAUCACCUCCUACGAGAUGAUUCUUCAAGAUUGGCAGUUUCUCCAGACAAUCAAAUGGCAGGCUCUGCUAGUCGACGAAGCCCACCGUCUCAAGAAUAAGGAGUCGCAAUUGUACCAGAGACUUUUCAGUUUCGGAAUUCCGUGCAAAAUUUUGAUCACCGGCACGCCCAUUCAAAACAACCUUGCUGAGCUUUCAGCACUGAUGGACUUCCUGAACCCCGGCAAAGUCGUCAUCGAUGAGGAACUCGAGAGCCUAGCUGGCAAUGAUGCCCAAGAGAAGUUGCAAGAACUGCAUAAAUCCAUUGCACCGUUUAUCCUGCGUCGCACCAAGGAGACAGUGGAAUCCGACCUGCCGCCAAAGACUGAGAAGAUCAUUCGUGUUGAGCUGUCUGAUGUGCAGCUGGAGUAUUACAAGAAUAUUCUCACCAGAAACUAUGCGGCACUCUCCGACGCGACUGGUCAGAAGAACUCCUUGUUGAAUAUCAUGAUGGAGUUGAAGAAAGUCAGCAACCACCCCUACAUGUUCGCCGGUGCUGAAGAUCGAGUACUAGCCGGCAGCAAUCGUCGAGAAGACCAGAUCAAAGGUCUGAUCGCCAGCAGUGGAAAGAUGAUGCUUCUCGAUCAACUCUUGACGAAACUCAAGAGAGACGGCCAUAGAGUUCUCAUCUUCAGUCAGAUGGUGAAGAUGCUUGACAUCCUCAGCGACUACAUGGCCCUGAGAGGCUACAAGUUCCAGCGCUUGGAUGGUACAAUUGCCGCAGGCCCCCGACGCAUGGCGAUUAACCAUUUCAACGCCGAGGAUAGCGAUGAUUUCUCCUUUCUUCUGUCCACGAGAGCAGGUGGUCUAGGCAUCAACCUGAUGACCGCCGAUACUGUUGUUAUUUUCGAUUCCGAUUGGAAUCCCCAGGCUGACUUGCAAGCCAUGGGUCGUGCCCAUCGAAUCGGUCAGAAGAAGCCAGUCAGCAUCUAUCGCCUCGUGUCAAAGGAGACCGUCGAGGAAGAAGUUUUGGAACGAGCUCGCAACAAGCUGCUUCUUGAGUAUCUCACCAUUCAAGCUGGCGUCACCGACGACGGCAAGGCUUUCCGAGAGGAAAUGAAUAAGAAGGGCAUCAGAAUGGACGGCCCAAGCUCUGCCGAAGACAUCCAGUGGGUCCUCAAGAUGAGGUCGCAAAAGAUGUUUGAGCAAACCGGAAAUCAGGAGCGUCUUGAACAGCUGGACAUUGAUUCCAUCUUGGAAAACGCCGAAAUCACCAAGACCAAGGUUGACGACAAGAUGAACUUGAGCAGCGGUGGUAUCGACUGGGACAAUUUCAUGCAGUACACCGACGUCAAGGUAGAUGACCUCGCCCUGGACUGGGACCAGAUUAUUCCCGCGGAAGAACUUGCCGUCAUCAAAGCAGAGGAGGAUCAGCGGAAGAACGAAGAAUAUCUCGCCAAGGUUGCGGCCGAGAGUGCUCCACGCAGAGCUACGAUGAAGAACCGAAAUGGCGGCGAGACAGACCGUUCAGAUCGCCUGGCAAAGAAGCGGCAGAGAGAAGAACAACACAGACAAGAGGCAGAGGAGCAACGCGCCUUGCUGUCUGAUCCGAAGCGGCCCCUCAACGAAAAGGAGACUCGAAAUUUGCUGAAAGCUUUCUUCCGAUAUGGUUCCAUGGAUGACCGAGGCGAUGAGAUUAUUCAAGAGGCUAGGCUUGGGGGACGUGACCGCGACUUUUUGAAAUCAAUUUUGGACGAUUUCGUCAAGACUUGCGAAGACGCACUCAACGAGAACAGUGCUCGUCUCAUGGACGAUGAGCGGAAGCUCGGCAAGACAUUGACGAAGAAAGACAAGAAGGCAGUCCUGGUUGAUUUCGGCGAAGUUCGCAAGAUGAACGCUGAGACUGCUAUCGAGCGACCGCAACAGCUGCGUCUACUGCGACAAAUUUUGCAGAAGAACGGUGACUUCAAGACUUUCCGUCUCAGCGACGCGACAAAGGCAGCUCACUACACGUGUGAAUGGGGAGCUCGAGAAGACGGAAUGCUGCUUGUUGGUAUUGACCGAUACGGCUUCGGUGCCUGGACCCAAAUUCGAGACGAUCCUGAACUGGACAUGGGAGACAAGUUCUUCCUUGAAGAGCAUCGUAUUGAGAAGAAGGAGGAGCGAAAUAAGGCCAGCGACAAAGGCGUCAGCUCUCCGGGCGCUGUCCAUCUCGUUCGCCGGUCUGAGUACUUGCUUUCUGUGCUCCACGCGAAGCACUCAGCCGAUCCACUGGCCCACAGAGCCGUCGAAAAUCAUCAUCGUAACAACAAGAGAUUGGCGAAUGGCCACCGCCGCAGUGAUGUGGGAAGUGGUGCUGCAUCUCCUGCGCCGCAAGCGUUGAAGAAAAGCAGCUCUUAUCGGGACCGAGAACGCAGCCACAGCGAGCACCAUCGCAGCCGCAGCAAUGCCGAUGAGAGAGGCACUCCGCGUCCAGAUUCCAAGAGGAAGCACUCUGGACACGAUGAAGGCCGCAUCCCCAAGCAUCGGAGAAUGGAUGAGACCCGCCGCGCUAAGAGUAACGGCGAGGAGCAACAAUCUCCUAGGGCGGAUCAGCGCAGGCACCGCGAGGACGGCGAACGCGGCCACAAACACCGCCGACCCGAAGAACACCGGCAAGAUCACCGACACGCAGAUGACCGCCGUCGGUCGAGCAACACCCCUAGAACAGGCCAGCCCGACAGCGACCGCCGUAACCAGGCACUGCGCCGACUGGAUCAGCUCCGUCGGAUGGGCGACAAUAAGGAGGAAAGGGAGAGAGAUGCAGACGCCAUGUUGUGGUAUCUCCUCAAGCCAGUCCGAGCGAACUUCGAGGCUAUCCUGUGUACGACAAAGGAGAGAGUCAAGUCCAGCAAGGAACGUGCCAGGAUUUUUGGCGAGGAGUUGGUGGUGAUUGGCAACUUCUUGGAUCGCGAGUUCGUAAAGGAACGCGAUGACGCGCUGAAGAACCGCUUCUGGGAGUUCUUGGCGAAUCUUUGGCCCGUUGACAGCACUAGCAAUGAGGUGACAGGCGACCGAUUGAGCGCCAUGUAUAGAGUCCUGCGGGACAGAGAGGCGAAGAAGCAAAACGGAGACAAGCCGGCAGCUGCCGCGGCUAAUGGCACUGCCGCCACCACCUAG